AUCCACUACAUAACCCAUAACAUCCACUACAUAACCUAUAACAUCCACUACAUAACCUAUAACAUCCACUACAUAACCCAUAACAUCCACUACAUAACCUAUAACAGUCACUACAUAACCUAUAACAUCCACUACAUAACCUAUAACAUCCACUACAUAACCUAUAACAUCCACUACAUAACCUAUAACAUCCACUACAUAACCUAUAACAUCCACUACAUAACCUGUAACAUCCACUACAUAACCUAUAACAUCCACUACAUAUCCUAUACCAUCCACUUCAUAACCUAUGACAUUCACAACAUAAUCUAUACAGUUCACUACAUAACCUAUAAUAUUCACAACAUAACCUAUAACAUCCACUACAUAACCUAUAACAUCCACUACAUAACCUAUACCAUUCACUACAUAACCUAUAACAUCCACUACAUAACCUAUAACAUCCACUACAUAACCUAUAACAUAACCCAUAACAUCCAGUACAUAACCUAUAACAUCCACUACAUAACCUAUACCAUCCACUACAUAACCUAUAACAUCCACUACAUAUCCUAUAACAUCCACUACAUAACCUAUAACAUCAUCCACUACAUGCCCUAUAACAUCCACUACAUAACCUAUAACAUCCACUACAUAACCUAUAACAUCCACUACAUAACCUGUAACAUCCACUACAUAACCUAUAACAUCUACUACAUAUCCUAUAACAUCCACUUCAUAACCUAUGACAUUCACAACAUAAUCUAUACAGUUCACUACAUAACCUAUAAUAUUCACAACAUAACCUAUAACAUCCACUACAUAACCUAUAACACCCACUACAUAACCUAUACCAUUCACUACAUAACCUAUAACAUCCACUACAUAACCUAUAACAUCCACUACAUAACCUAUAAC